CUCAAUUGGGUAUACAAUGCAAACAGUGCAACACCCAGUUUCCGAAAAGGUCAAACACAGGAGAUGCACCGGGCUUCCAGCUCCCUAAGUCAUACCGAGAACUCAUAUCGCCGAAGAUGACCAGUUGCCCGAAGUCCAUCCCACCUCACUCUCCCAUGGCACUUGGUUUGGGGUUAGGGUCUCAAUAAAACAGUUUCCGAAUAAUACAGCUCAUGAGGCGAGUAAAAUCCCGCUCUCAUGGUUUUGACACAGUCGCAAAUACCUGCAUUGUUCCAAUCGUCCCAGAAAUUAUGCCCUCUUGUCACAAUGUGGUCAAAUGCAAAACAUGCUAACAUCCUCACUGCGUUUGGGAUAUCUCCCAGUGAUGCUAGCCCUUUAUUUGUGGUUACAGAGCAUCUGGAAAAUGGGGACAUAUCUCAGUAUAUUUCCCGAAAUCCAAACGCAGACCGGACUAGGCUUCUUCUAGAAGUUGCACUAGGCAUGCAGUAUCUCCACGAGAAUGGAAUUGUUCACGGGGGUCUGAAGCCUUCGAAUAUCCUCGUUAAUGAGAACGGGCAAUCAUGCGUUGCUGACUGUGGCUUGAACAUGGCUGCACCCAGUGCCAAUCCCUAUUCUCACCAUUAUUACAGCCCAGCGGCUUGGAAGGCUAUUUUCACGCGCCCUUCAGAUGUAUAUGCGUUUGCCAUGUGUGCGUUCGACGUGCUUACGAGUACACGUCCAUGGGGGAAUUUGGAAUAUGACCGCAUCUAUCAGCUCGUAAUAGAAGAGGAUGAACGACCAGAUCGACCCGAACCAGACGUAGAUGGCAAUGUGCUUAUUCCUGACAAUAUAUGGAGCCUCCUAACCAAAGCGUGGGCGAAAGAAGAGAGGGCUCGUCCGGACUUUGCUAGCCUUGCAUCUGCGUGGCCAGUUAUUGAUGUGGCGGAUGAGUCUUGUUCACAUAGCAAUGGAGUAUCAGCACGGCAAAUUCAUGAAGAUCCCCCUUUAACAAGUGCUUCGGGUUUGAGGGGCGUUACAUCUCUUCACUUUUCCCCCACUUCAACUUCUAGUCAAGGUCCUAGGCCAAUGCCACCGAACGAAAAUCCUUCUAGAACGACUGCGCGUCGGCAUUUCAGCGAGGGGAACAUCACUCCGCACCGACCUGCUACCUCGCCGAGACCCUCUAAUCCACGUCGCGUUGUUUCAGAAAGGGUUGCACCAACGCACAACAGAUCAACCUCAAAUGCUGCACUCCAAUCGUUCGGUCAAGCUAUUUCACGUACGGGACAAUUCUACCGCCGUCCCAAUACCGCGAACGGGACUGGCCUUGUUCCGGUUUCCGAGUCAAUGGAACCUCAGCCCAUCGAGCCGCAGCUGACACCAUACACGACGAGUCGACGGAACACUGCGGGGGGGAGCUCGCGUGGGACAAGCUCCAGAAGUGCAGGAUCGGUUGACGGUGGGACCCCGAGGAGUCGGUCUGACUCACACCCGACCUCUCUUGCCAAAGGAAACAGUCCAUUAGAGAUCGUGGAAGAGUUUAACGCCGAGCUUAAUAAUAACAAUGGGGACUCGACAAGACUGAAUGACUUACUAAUUCAAAUGCAAGGGAUAGCAACCUCAUCGGACAAGAAUGCUCAUAUGCUGGCCACUGCCACUGUUGUGGAUAGCCUAAUCACUCUUCUUCGACAGCGUUCUAGCGAUCAGGGCGAUCAUACCAUUGUUUUGAUAACCCUUGGAGUUUUAGCGUGCGUGAUACUAUGAUACCCCCCUUCACAUAAUGAAUGUUAUUGUCCCCA